AUGGCUCUUUGCAUCACAAAGCUCGUCAUCUUCUCUCUCCUCUUUACCUCCGCCAUUUUUCGCGCCGCAAACUCUCGCACCUUCUCGCGAAGCCUCCUCCCUCGCGAGCACCGGCUCAGGAACGAGAAGCUGAGCCACCUACACUUCUACUUCCACGACAUUGUGAGUGGCCGCAACCCGACUGCCGUGCUUGUUGCCGAGGCCAAGAUGACCAACACUUCGGCCACCAGGUUCGGCUCGGUUUUUGUGAUCGAUGACCCGUUGACCGAACGCCCCGAAAUGAGCUCCAAGAUGGUCGGCCGGGCUCAGGGAAUCUAUUCGUCUGCCUCGCUCAACGACAUCGGACUGCUGAUGGUGCAGAACUACGUGUUCACCGAAGGGAAGUACAACGGGAGCACCCUGAGCAUCCUUGGUCGGAACGCAGUGCUCUCCAGCGUGAGGGAGAUGCCAAUCGUCGGUGGGAGCGGGCUCUUCCGGUUCGCAAGCGGGUACGCUCAGGCAAGGACGCACACGGUCAACUUCCAGACCGGGGAUGCCGUGGUGGAGUACAACGUUUACGUCCUCCAUUAUUGA